CGUCGGUGUUAGGCGCUGGGCACGAGGCUGCUGUGUACAUGCAGACAUUAUGCUUGUCGGUGAUUUACCGACGUGGAACCCGAGAUGUUUUCCUGUGAAGUGUUCCGGCUCCCUUUUUCCAAGAUGUUCUUUGUCGAUAAUUAUGGGUUAGUUUACCAACGUGAUUUCCAUCUAGGUCGGUGUUUGAAUCACCGAGCCCAGCUUCACCGAGCAACCCAACACCGACGUGAUUCAAGUGGGUAUAGGACUUCACCGACCAGAUUCCCUCUUGUUUCCGACAUGGCUGCUCGUCGGUGACACAGUGAAUUCUUGUAGUGUAGAGACUCAAUUUCUUAACUACUGGAAUGUCCCCUAAGGGAUAUCUCCAUCCUAAUAGUUAGCAGACAUCAAUAUCUCCACUCUUACAGGGGCUUGAAUAGAAUACAUUGUAGCUUGAGAAUUGGAAAUAGGCCCUUCACUGUCUACAUGUAAUAGCAGACUAGUACAUCACAAAAAUUAUGGGAGAUGCAACUGCUAUGCUACUUUUCCUUUCUAAGCUAUAAAAUCUGAAUCUUAAU